AUGGCAUCAAAAUUAGUGACAAUGAAAACAUACCAUAAUUUGGUCACAUCAAAAUCACCAGCAUCAGACGCCUUAAAAGUUUUGGCGACCAGUUAUGGAGGAACUGAUGCCACCGUAAAAAUUUUAAAAAAUGAAAAAAAUGAGCUCAAAGCCAUUUUUUAUCAGGACAAAGAAAUGCAAAGAAUAUUUUCUUUGUGUCCUGAGGUAUUGUUUGUGGAUGCCAUAUACAAAGUCAAUGAUUUAAGAAUGCCUCUACGUUUUUUAGUGGUUGACAGUAACGGUCUCAGUGAAAUUGUUGGUUUCUGUCUCCUCACAAGUGAAGACAAGGAAAACGUUACUGACAUGGCUUUAACUUUUAAAAAGCACAAUCCUCAGUGGGAACAUAUUAAAUGCAUAAUGGCGGACAAGGAUUUUACUGAAAGAAAUGUAUUUAAACAACAAUUUCCAGAUUCACAAAUUUUAAUAUGCAUAUUUCAUUGUUUGAGGUCUAUGUCACAUGAAAUCACCUGUGAAAAAAUGAAAAUUAACUACGAAGAAAGACUGAUGUGCUUGGAAAUAAUACAAGACAUUGUUUAUGCAAAAAAUGCAACACAUUAUGAUGAAAUUCACAAAAAACUUGAGAGCACUAAUAUAAACACGGUAAUCGAUUACUUUAACAAAAAUUGGCACGGCAUCAUAACAGAAUGGGUUAUAUAUUUCCAAUCCAAAUUCAUGACCCUAGGUUUUUUAAAUGACAAUGAAACUGACAGAUCUGAAGAGCUAGAACUAAAUGAGCCUCAGAAGUCUGUACUCAAUGAGUUACCAACCUUACCACCUAGAAUUCCAAAAAGAGGCCGUCCAAAAAGUAACGAUAAGACAGCAAUUGGCAUUCCAAAAAAAAGAAAAAUGGCUCCUGUAGGGUUAGUUUCUUUUCGAAAACUGCCAAUGAAAAUGAAACAAUGUCAAAUGUUGAAUGUUGAAAUGGCUAGUAGAAGAAAAUUUGUUAAUGCAUGCAAUGGAUUCAAAGACCUUAAUCAGUGCAAAUUGUGUAGAAUCGAAACCUGA